AUGCUUUUUCUUAAAUCUGCUGUUGUAUUCGCUUUAAUAUCUCUUACAAGCUUAUCAAAGGCACAAUUAGUGGAUUGCAACAUCAACGGCGUCACCGUUGCAACCGUUGACUUAGACACAGGAGUGUGCCCAUUCACAAUUGCCGAUAGCUUACCAGUAAGUAAUGAAUACUCUUCAGAUCAAGAUUAUGAUAUUGAAUUCUAUUACACCAUUAUAAAAGCUAUUAAAUACUUUACUGAUAUUAGUAACGCUGGAAGAACUUUAUCAAUUGCAGCCAAUGCAGUUUACGGAACAACUGGAAUUUCUCUUUACCAGGUUCAUGCGGUUGUCAGCCCACCUUCAAAUUCGUCUGCUGCUAUUCAAAAAAGAUUUCAUUUGGAAACUAGAGCUACCAUCCCUCAGGAGUUAAUCACCAAAUUAGAAGGCUUAACCGGUACCCCAGUAGAGGGACCUGCUGGAGAGUUUAAAGUCUCAGUUGUCGACUCCGUUGCUUCAAGUUCAGCGUCAGUUGCCGCUUCCACUGUUUUAAGUUCUACAUCAGCACCAGGUUCAGGAUCUGUCUCAGCCACAAAGGAAACUACCAGCACAGUUACUGCAACGAGUCUUAAAACAUUGCACUUGACUACCACAGUAUGCUCAGACCACAAAUGCACAGAGUCUUCAGUUCCGGUAAGUGAAUACCUUACUACCACCACAAUUAGCGGCGUAGAAACAGUUUUCACAACUUACUGUCCUUUAAGUACCAGCGUAUACAGCACGCCUGUAAGCACACACACUACUGUCAGUGGUACGUCAACCAAAACCACAACCAUAUAUGCCACCAAGACCACUUUAGUACCAGCAGUUGUAAAGCCAACUUCGUCGAAAUUGUCAAUUUUAGCAGCUGCUACAGCUACAACACCUGUGGUAGUGUCAACUGUCACUACUGCUAAAGUAUCUACAGUAGCAAAGCUGUCAGUCGCUCCACCUGUUGCAACUACAGCAACUUCAAUUCCUGUUAAGAUCGAAAGUGGUUCCACUUACAUUAAACCUGCAAGCACGGUAACAAUUCCAACGUCCGCAACUAAGCCUUCAAGCGCUCCAUCUGCGAUUCAACAAGGGAAUGCAAAUAAUAAAUUUGCCCACUUCAAUGAACUUCUAUUAGUAAUCCCAGUGGUUGCAUUAUUUUAA